AUGUAUUCCAACACCGAAACUCAGAAAUUUCUUGUCCUCGUACCGCAUGAGCAAACGCCCACUGCCCGACCCCAAGGAAUGAAUUCCACAACACCGACCCCGCUCUCCUCUCCUCAGAUCCCAUCAGAUGAAAAUGGAAUCUUGGCCUCGCACCUGCCGCAAAAAUCCGUCCGCUCCAACAGUGCCAGCUCGACUGCGUCGACCGACAUUAAAAGCGGAUUUCUAAGGCUAGGGGUUUAA